CGAGCACGUAUCAUCCAGGCGCCCGCGACAUCCUGCUCUCAUCUAUCGUUGCUGUUCUACUCGGCCGGGUUUCCACACCACCUGUCAUUGCAGGCUUCUCCGUACAACACCCAUAAACUCAAUCAGGCCGUCUGAGCCCAUACCAGGAUGGCGCAAGGAGCAGAGCGUCCUGGCUCGUCAGAUGGCAAGCGUUAACGUCGUGCAUGGUUUGAUCGACGCGUACGGACGAAGCUAUGCAGCAGCCAUACUUGCGCACAGUCACGGUGUAAUCGUACCCGUGAUAGCACAGGGGUGUCUAUCUGUCAUAUGUGAAGGAAGUUGUUCUGCCACAACCUUCGCGACUCAAGAAGCUUUUGGGUGGCCCGAUUCGAUUGAGCCUGAUAUUUCAAAGAUAUCUCAAAUUCAUGACACAUGUUGACUGUAUAUAGUUAUCAGGAGGUGCCUCAGAGGACGGUCUCUCCCCCGUAUAGCACUACAAACCCUUCCAGAACCUGUCCUGGCAUGUCUA